UACGUUUCAAAUCUAUUUCUGGAAGAUUCACGUCUAGAUGUUGUGCACUGACAGUAUCUUUAAUAACGAUUAUUGAAACAGUUUUUUUCUCCUUCUCUGAAAACUUUCAAUGGGUUUCGAAAGGUGCUGAGAGCAGACUAAAUUUUGCACACGGUCCAGAGUCACAAGGCUUCAAAUAUCAGUGCUUGGUUCUUAAAACAUUAAACUGGAGCUGAGGAUUAAGAUGCUGAAGAAUGAACGACACCUUAAAAGUUAAAAAAAUAGUAAAAUAUACUCAAUUUUUUCGAUAAACAUAAAGGGACAAAAUUGGCAACCAAAAAAGCAAACAAGCAAGGUUAAGUGGAUUAUUAAAACGUUACUAAUAGCAAUUAAAUUUAUAUAGAGCGCAUUGUUCAGAGGAUCCUCACAAUGUUUAAAAAAGAUCCAGAAAGAUAUCACCUGGUGACUGAAAAACAAGACAAUAUGUACACCCUGAGUUUGGGAAGCAUGGCCAGUGAAAACUUUGAGAAAGGACUGUGUGGCAAGACUGACCUUGACUAUAACCACUGCCACGACAAGAGCCGAGCUUUGGAAGACAGAGAGAGGGAGAAAAAACAGGCCAGGAGGAGGCUCUACAUUGUCUCUGUGAUCUGCCUGGUUUUUAUGAUUGGUGAAAUUGCUGGUGGGUAUUUUGCUGGGAGUCUGGCUGUGAUGACUGAUGCAGCGCAUCUCCUUGUUGACUUCACUUCCUUCAUGAUUAGUCUCUGCUCCUUAUGGCUCUCCUCCAGGCCAGCCACAAAGAAGCUCAAUUACGGGUGGCACCGAGCAGAAAUCCUGGGUGCCUUGCUCUCUGUUUUUACAAUCUGGCUUGUGACUGGUGUGCUGGUGUACCUGGCCUGUGAAAGGCUGUUAACUGGGGACUAUACUAUUGAGGGCAAUGUUAUGCUCAUCACCUCAGGCUGUGCUGUUGUAGCCAACAUCAUAAUGGGAUUAACGUUACACCAGUCUGGGCACGGGCACAGCCAUGGAGGUCUCGACGGCAGCAGACACAACCACGCAGCCCAGGAAGAAAGUCCAGACAGCGAGCCGCGGGCCAACGCCAGUGUCCGAGCGGCCUUUGUCCACGUGGUGGGGGACCUGCUGCAGAGUGUCAGCGUGCUCAUCAGCGCUGUCGUCAUCUUUUUUAAGCCUGAAUAUAAAAUAGCAGAUCCUAUCUGCACUUUUCUUUUUUCCCUGUUUGUGCUGGGCACCACUAUGACCAUUUUACGAGACAUCUUAGUGGUUUUAAUGGAAGGUACACCAGCAGGUGUGGAUUAUAACGCAGUGAGAGACAGGAUUGUGACAGUGAAAGGAGUUAAAGCCAUUCACAACCUGCAUAUCUGGGCUCUCACAAUGAAUCAGGUUGUGUUGUCAGCUCAUGUUGCCAUAGAUGGCACAGUGGAUCCUCAGCUGACUCUUAAGGAAAUCACCCAGACCUGUUUCGACAGUUUUAAUUGCCACUCUGUUACCAUUCAAGUGGAGCAACACUCAGAUCAGAAACCAGACUGCGUACUGUGCCAGGAUCCCCAAAACUAGCCCCUCAUUAAUUGCAUAGCGAGACGAAGUGGAGCUUGGACUGAACAUAUUUGUUUAAUAUAAUUUGCAUUAUAUAUACACUUUAAUCUCCAUAAUUAUUUCCAAUAUGAAUUGGUAAUUAAUAAAUAAGUGUCAUAAAACCUGGAUGCUAAAUGAGAGGUGACAGUGUAAAUACAAAAUAUCUAUGAUGGUGGUGAUUUGUGAUACACCUUUUUGGUCAUAAGCAUUCUUCAGUUAAUAGGAAGCUGUUUGCCUCCCUGUCAUCUGUAUUCACAGCAUGUCGCAUAUUAAUGCAGAUCAGAGCACAUCAGAGCAUAGGGUAGAGAGCAGUGGUUCCUAAACCUCUUCAGCUUAUGAAACAAUUUUAACCUCCCAAACACCUUGUGGUUGAUUUAAAAAAAAAUAAAAUUAAAAUUUUAUUUUAAAAUAU